UUUUUGGCCAUCGUUGUUGACUCUUUUUCCUCUUGAUUUUUCGAAGUUUUGGUUAAUUUUGAGGGAUUUUUUUUGGAUUUUUGGUGGGAAUUUGGGAGCAAUGGAGGGAGUUGAUCACUUGGAUCAUGAGAGAAGGAAGGCCCAGUUCGAUGUGGAAGCGAUGAAGAUCGUCUGGGCUGGCUCCAAGCACAAUCUCGAGGUUUCCGAUAGGAUGGCUCGCCUCGUCGCCAGUGAUCCUGUGUUUGAAAAGGAUAACAGGCAACGCAUUGAUCGGAGGGAGUUGUUCAACAACACACUCAGAAAGGCAGCGCAUGCGUGGAAACGCAUCAAUGAGCUACGUCUCACUGAGGAAGAGGCUUCAAAGUUAAGGCAAUUUGUUGAUGAACCUUCAUACGUUGAUCUACAUUGGGGUAUGUUUGUCCCUGUUAUAAAAGCACAAGGAACUGAUGAGCAGCAUAAGAAAUGGUUAACCUUGGCCUAUAAGAUGCAAAUUAUUGGUUGUUAUGCACAGACUGAGCUUGGUCAUGGUUCAAAUGUUCAAGGACUUGAAACUACUGCAACUUUUGAUCCUAAAUCUGAUGGAUUUGUCAUUCACAGUCCCACCCUUACGUCAAGCAAAUGGUGGCCUGGUGGCUUAGGAAAAGCUUCUACACAUGCGGUUGUUUUUGCUCGGUUAAUCACAGAUGGUCGGGAUUAUGGUGUACAUGGUUUCAUUGUCCAGUUACGAAGUUUAGAAGAUCAUUUACCUCUUCCUGGUAUUACUGUUGGUGAUAUUGGUACAAAGUUUGGAAAUGGAGCAUACAACAGCAUGGACAAUGGUGUUCUGCGAUUUGAUCAUGUACACAUACCAAGAGAUCAAAUGUUGAUGGGGCUUUCUCGGGUUACAAAGGAAGGAAAAUAUUUGAAAUCUGAUGUUCCGAGGCAGCUGGCAUAUGGUACAAUGGUUUAUGUACGUCAGGCCAUUGUAUCAGAUGCUUCUCGUGCUUUGUCAAGAGCAACUUGUAUUGCUGUAAGGUAUAGUGCUGUCCGCAGACAGUUUGGUUCACAUGAUGGUGGGCCUGAGUCUCAGGUGCUUGACUAUACAACUCAACAAAGCAGGCUCUUCCCAUUGUUGGCUUCAGCCUAUGCCUUCAGGUUUGUGGGGGAUUGGCUAAACUGGCUCUAUACGGAUGUCACCCGUAGAUUGCAAGCCAAUGAGUUCUCCACUUUGCCCGAGGUGCAUGCUUGCACAGCUGGUUUGAAGUCUUUGACAACCUCUGUCACAGCUGAUGGAAUUGAAGAGUGCCGAAAGCUAUGUGGCGGCCAUGGUUACCUGUGUACCAGUGGGCUUCCUGAGUUGUUUGCUGUCUAUGUUCCUGCCUGCACUUACGAAGGAGAUAAUAUUGUUUUGCUCUUGCAGGUUGCUAGGUUUCUUGUGAAGACUGUUUCCCAGCUGGGAUCAGGAAAACAACCCACAGGCACUACAGCAUAUAUGGGAAAGGUUGAGCACUUGAUGCAGUGCACUUGUGAUGUUCAAAAAGCUGCGGACUGGUUGAGACCUUCAACCAUACUGGAGGCUUUUGAAGCACGUGCUUUGAGGAUGGCUGUCACAGCUGCGAAAAACAUAAGCAUGGCAUCCAACCCAGAAGAAGGUUUUUCUGCACUCUCUGCUGAUUUAGUGGAGGUUGCAACUGCUCACUGCCAACUAAUUGUUGUAUCCAAGUUUAUCGAUAAGUUGCAACAAGAGAUCGUAGGAAAUGGAGUCAAAGAACAACUACAAAACCUCUGCAAUAUUUAUGCUCUCUCUCUGCUUCACAAGCAUCUCGGCGACUUCCUCUCAACUGGGUGCAUCACCCCUAAGCAAGGUGCCCUAGCAAAUGAGCAACUACGAUCUCUCUAUUCUCAGGUUCGCCCCAAUGCGGUAGCACUGGUUGACGCAUUCAACUACACCGAUCAUUACCUCGGCUCUGCUCUCGGCCGCUAUGAUGGCAAUGUAUACCCAACAUUGUACGAAGAGGCGUGGAAGGACCCGUUAAACGACUCUGUUGUCCCUGAUGGUUACUAUGAACAUAUUCGCCCUGUGCUUAAGCAAAAGUUCAGGGUCGCAAGGCUGUGAUCAAGAUCUUCCAUCUUUAUGUAUGUAAUAUGGAGUAGUACUGAUUUCCGAAGUUAUUACUUUUUCGCACUAUUGUGUUAAAUAAAAACAUAGCUAAUGUAACCUUAGAUCCCAUGAGCGGGGAUGAUGUCGGUUGUCUCCUAUCUGUUAUUUAAAGUUAUAAUAACAUGCUUGCGGAUCUUAAUAAAAACAGAUGAUGCUUUGGCUUCCUGGUUUCUAACA